UAUAGGAUCCCAGGAGGAAAGAAUCUUGCAAGCCAAACAACCUGAUUGUCCUGCCCAGUUAUGAAGCUACCACGCUAGUGCCUCGAGAAAAUUUGACAACACCAUUUUAUGUUUAUUCAGUCCUGAUAUACAAGUGAGAAAUAUCGAUUCGAAUACUACCUAUGCGCCAAAGGACUGGGAGAAAAUACGCCAAGGAGCUGCAUAAUUCGGAUGUACAAACAAUGGAAUUUUCAAUGCCGGUCGCAUAGAUCGUCGAAUCCGAAACAGGAAAACAUGAAGUGUGCCAAACUGCAGGCCGCCCUGGCCAAACGCCGUGAGGCCGAGCAGCUUAAGAUCCAGAAGUCGGCAGCCGUCGAGCGGUACUACGACCAGUGGAAUCGCAUCACAUCCCGGUACGAAUCUUGGAAUUCGCCCGAGUUCUACCGCCAAGGUGAGGAAGCCCAGCGCAAGAAGGAUGAACAGGCCAAAAAGGAAGCGGAAGCGGCCGAACGGCGUGAGAAACUUCGCAUACAGCUGCAACAGGAGAAGGACAACUUCCAGCAGGAACUCAAAGAAAAAUUCCGUCCCAAGCCGAAACCGAUUCCAACGGAACUGCUUGAGGGUAUCAAAGGUCGGCUGAACGACGUUGACGAAGCCAAAAAGCGGAUGGAUCUCGAAGCCCGACUGUACACCAAAUGGCGAAUGGGAUACGAUCGGGAUGCGGUUAUUCUGGAUUCGAAAAAUUCUCACCAAGCAAUGGCAAAACUGAACUGGUUGGACCGGCAAGUGGAAAUGCAACUCGAAAGUGAGAAGCAAAAUAAAGAGAGUCAAGAAAGAGAGCUGCGCCUACAGGAGGAAGCUCGUCGGCACGAGGAGCUAAUCUUGGAAACUAAUCGACUUAGAGACCAGCAAAUCAAAGAACUAAGAGGUAGUCAGGAGACGCACAUGAACGAAUUGAAGAGUCGUGAGCAAGAAAUGAACGAAGUCAAGAUCUACGAGAUGCGUUUGCGCACAAAGAAGGAGGAAUUCGAAAAGGAGCUUGAUCAGUUACAUUUGUACAACGAUCGACGAAGAGAUCGUAUCGUGGCCAUGCAUAACUUACGUCGUAUAAAAAUGUUGCUCCGUGAACGAUCGGAAUCGGUUCGCAACGACCUGAAGCAUGAUCUGCAGCUGCUUCAGCGGAUUUCGAUUGACAAUCCGGAAUCCAACGAUGCCAUCAACUAUUUGCGCAAGAAAUUUCAACUGCAGUACGAUUUGGAAGUUGAUCAGCAAACAAUGAUCGAGAACAUGUACGAAUCGGAGGCCAAGCACAACCUGGCCAAAUGGGAAGAAAAAUGGAACGAAGAAGCCCUGAUACGGGAGCAACAACUUCGAUGCAUGUUGGAAGAUCGCAUAGUGGAUUUUGAAGCUAAACUCAUAAACUGUGCUCAACGCCAAAGAGAUUUGAUAAAUAUUCGAGAAACUCACAUCAACGCCCUGGAAGUCACCAACCAGCAACUGAAGGAGUUGAUGAGCGAUAAGGCCAACGACAACGCUGUCAUAAGCUCGUCGAACCAGAUCCGGGAACUACUGGGUCAGAUGGAUAACGGCACGACGACGGCAGCAGCAACUAGGCAACCACCACGUCCCGAAAGUCGACCUUCGACGCAAAAUUCCCAUCGCAGCUCCACCUUCAGCAGCAUUUUUCCCUUCGAUGAUAUCAACAUAAGGGAUCUGACGCUGGCCGAGAAGAAGGGCACCAGUAGCCGGGAAGAUUCGCCGGUUUUGCAGGUGCCUCGCUUCGGACGAAAGAAAAUUGCUUGGUGUUAAGUGUGGAGUGUUCAAUUUAAAGCGAAACUAAACAAAUGCCUUACUAGUCUCUAAGGGUUUUGCUCAAAGACUCAAAGAAUUGUGUUCUAUAGAUUUACACCGAAUUUUACCGACUUUUGGCGGACGACUUUUUACAGCGAGGAGUAGCGAUAAGAAAAUAAAUCGAAAUAUAUUUCA